AUGAAGGACCUCUACACAUUCGACUCUAAUCCCUCCGCCGCGCUGGAAACAUACGAAGCAGUCCGCUCAGCAUAUACCGCCAUCUUUGACGCACUAAAACUGCCAUACCUCGUCGCUGAUGCCGAUUCAGGCAACAUGGGCGGCAAACUCUCUCACGAAUACCAUUUCGUCUCACCCAAAGGCGAAGACAACGUCUGGUCCUGCAACACCUGCACCUACAUCGCCAACGAAGAACUCGUCACAAAGCGAGUCCUCGAAGAUGACUCCACCACCGACGAAGCAUACCCCCUCGUCUUUACCGGCAUAAGUACCGACCGCACCACCGCAAUCAACAUCUACGUACCCGAUCACUCCCCCACCCCCGCCUCUCCCGACCCAACCUGGGACUCCAUAGCACACUCCGUCAACCUCCACGCCGUCAAGCGCGCCCUUCCGCCCGGCAUCGACCUCGACACCGGCAUCGAAGCCAGCACCCUGCAAUCACUCUUAUCAUCGACAACGCAAUCCAUCACCAUCGUCGACGCCCAACUCGACAUUGACGACGACACCGCGGUUCAAGCAUCCGACCUCACGCCCACGCUCCCCGGCCACGCGUGUCCGAAAUGCGAGACGGGAAAACUCGACGUCGCAAAAGCUAUCGAGGUAGCACACACUUUCCACCUCGGGACGCGCUACUCGGAUCCCCUGGGCGCCAUUGUCUCCAUGCCCGACGGCAAGACGCGCGAAGCCGUGCAAAUGGGGUGUCACGGGAUCGGCGUGUCGCGGCUGAUUGGCGCCAUUGCGUCGCUCUUGUCUGACUCCAAGGGCUUGAAUUGGCCGCGCGUGAUGGCACCGUAUGAGGCUGCUAUAUUGGUUGCGCCGCAGAUUGAAGAGGGGGGCGCGGAGAGGGUGUAUGAUGCGCUGGACGGAGUGGAUGCGGUGCUGGAUGAUAGAGAGGGGAAGAGUUUGGGGUGGAAGUUAAGGGAUGCGGAUUUGAUUGGGUAUCCGGUUGUUGUUGUGAUGGGGAGGAGUUGGAAGGAGAAGGGGGUGGUGGAAGUACAGUGUAGGCGAUUAGAUGUCAAGAAAGACGUCGGGCUAGAUGAGCUGAAGAGCGAGGUUUCGGGCUUGUUGGAGCAGUUGUAA